ACAUGAACGACGGCGAUCCUUUUCGUGCAACGACAGUCCAGCGUUCCAACUUGAAUCGCGGAAAGUUUUACGCGGUCGCGGGCCGUGCAGUAACGAGAAUAGACACGGUACGCCGUGUUUCCAACGCCUCGCUCGAUCCAACACGAUGUUUGAGUAGGCUCGCCGAGGCGCCGGCACCUCGCGUUUCUACCGCUCCUUCGCACGGAGCCAAAAUCGUAAAAACAACCCACGAGCGUGGGAGAACGUCGGGAUCUCGUGCACGAGCACAACCGUUGGGAUCUCAUCCUCGAUGAAGCAAUUAAUUCUGGCGUGUUUAGCCGAGUGUUCGCGUACUCUGUGGUCCGGAAAAGGUAGAAUAUCGGACGGUGCAUCGAGAAAGUACUUUGCGACAUUACAAAGGAAUUAGUAAUGCAUCGUCGAUGACUGAAGUAGAAAGGGACCCGUAGUUAGCUGUUUACAAAAAUAAGACACGCGUAACGUCCCGUCUGUGCCAAGUGCUAUAUUUGUUUAAAACAUAACCGACACGUAUUGUUAAGCUUUUUUUAAUAAUCGGACACAGUUUACGAGACAGUAAACUGGCUUCGACAUCGAUUGACGCGACAUUUUUUAUCGUCGUCCGUGACUUUUAUACGAAUCGUUCAACGAAAUAUAUUUGUAACUUUCUUUAUUCGUGGACGCAUCGCGACCGGGGACCACUGACGUAGAAUAUCUGAAAUUGAAUUAGAUAGCGCCGAGGGUGGAAGAUCGAUUCGCGUUAGACGCGGUUCGGUUACAAGCGCCGUGUAAAAUAAUGGAAGGUUUCGACAAACCGUCGAAUGGGAAUUACGCGCCGUGUAGGGACUUGUCGAGCGGUCGAUACGAAUGAGAAAAAGGGACUGAGAAGUGUACCGUUCUCCCGGAAGUAUCAACGCAGAAGAAUGUAAUUCGCAUUCGGUUGUGAAAAAUAGGGAUUAGAGGAAGCGCGCGUCUCCUGUUCAAAGGACCACGAGGCCACGGAAUAAAAACGCAGGCGGAGGGAUAGAAACGGAAAAUGCUAGGGGGAACGUCGACGCGUGAAAGUAGCGAGGUGAUCCGCAUGGAGCCUCUAGGUAGAACCUCGAGUUCGAGGAGUCCUGGGCAAAACGGAACUGCCAACACCACCGAGGUACCGGCAAACUCAGGAGAUAACAACUCAGGAUUGCACAAACGUAAUAUUUAUGAGCACAAUGGAGUUAUGUGUUCUCAGAAAAGGGCUCUCUGCAUCGCCACCGUUGUUUUUGCGAUUCUUUUCACCAUAUCACUCAUCAUUGCCUUCGCGGGACCACAGAAUAACUGCCCUUGCGCUGGAGAGAAGCCAGCCAACCUAGAAAUCGAGGACGAUGAAAAAAGUAGCGUGCCUCUUGCGACUAAUGGAGAGGUGUUCCCCUGGAACAACGUAAGACUACCUACAUUUGCGCAUCCUACUAGGUACAACAUCACUAUUCACCCAAAUCUUACCACCUUAGAAGUAAAAGGACAGGUCACGAUCGAAUUCUAUGUCGAUAAAGAGACCAACUAUAUCGUCUUCCAUAGUAAAAAUUUGACAAUAAAUGAAAAAAUGGUUCAAGACCGUAAGGGCCAUAGAUUAAAAAUCGCUAAGCUCCUGGAGUAUCCGAAACACCAGCAGUUAUAUUUAGAACUGGAGGAAAGUAAAUUUCGGAAAAGGGGGAACUAUUCAGUACACCUAAGAUUCAUCUCGAAACUCAGGAACGAACUCGAGGGAUUCUAUCUUAGUAGCUACGUUACCCCAGAAGGAGAAAAGAGGUACUUGGCUACCACCCACUUUGAACCGACGUACGCGCGAUCGGCGUUUCCGUGCUUCGACGAGCCACAUUUCAAAGCCAAAUUUAAAGUCUCGAUAUUCAGAGAUAGGUUUCACAUUGCGUUGUGCAAUAUGCCUGUAAUGAAUACCGAGGACGCUGGAUUUUACAUGGGAACGGGACUUCUCCGUGAUGAUUUCCAAGAAUCUCUCGAAAUGUCGACGUACUUGGUGGCAUUCGUGGUGUGUGAUUUUAAACGAGUCUCCGAGUUGACAAAGAGGAACAUUUCCGUAAGUGUUUACGCGGCGGAGGCGAUGCUUCCACAGGCGAAAUAUGCUGUCAAUACUGCUGCUCGUAUAAUGGAUUACUUCGAAUCUUUUUUCGGAGUACGUUACCCAUUACCCAAGCAAGAUUUAAUAGCUAUUCCCGAUUUUGCCGCCGGGGCAAUGGAGAAUUGGGGUCUAAUCACGUACCGAGAAACAUCUAUACUUUACGAUCCGCAAGAGGCGUCAACGACUGACCACGAAUGGGUGGCGAUAGUCGUGGCCCACGAAUUGGCCCAUCAGUGGUUCGGUAAUCUCGUUACUAUGAAGUGGUGGAACGAUCUAUGGUUGAACGAGGGAGCAGCCAGUUUCUUCGAAUAUAAAGGAGUAAAUUACAUCUCGCCCGAGUGGAGCAUGAUGGAUCAAUUUAUUUCAGACAAAACCCAACCAGCCCUCUCUCUCGAUGCUUUAACCAGCAGCCACCCUAUAAGCGUGCCGGUGAAAGACCCCAACGAAAUAGAAGCCAUUUUCGACGACAUCAGUUACAGCAAAGGAGCUUCCAUUCUAAACAUGCUCGAAGGCUUUCUCUGCGAGGACGUUCUCAAAAGUGGAUUGAACGACUAUCUGAACUCCCACGCGUAUGGAAACGCUGACACGAACGAUCUUUGGGCUGUUUUUACGAAGCAUGCCAAUCACACCUUCGAUGUAAAAGCCAUCAUGGAUACGUGGACCCAACAAAUGGGUUUUCCACUGAUCACGAUCACGCGUGAUGGAAACACUAUCACAGCAUCACAGAAACGGUUCUUACAUUCGCCAAAAGAAAAUGACACAGAAUUAUUACAACCAAAAUCGCCCUUUGACUACAAGUGGUACGUCCCGUUGAGCUACUAUACAGACAAAGAACCGCGCAAGCUUCACAACGUGUGGAUGAAUUUAACCGAUGUAACAUUCGAGGUACCUAAUGACGUCGAAUACAUAAAAUGUAACGUGAAUCAGAGUGGAUUUUAUCGUGUUACUUAUCCGGAGGAGAUGUGGUCGUCGAUCCUCGCUACUUUGUUAAACGAUCACACAAAAUUCAGUCCAGCGGAUCGCGCUAAUCUGAUCGACGAUGCGUUCACGCUUUGCGAGGCGGGCGAGCUGAACGCCACUAUACCUCUCGAGUUGUCGCUUUAUCUACUGAACGAAAGGGAUUACGUCCCGUGGGCCACGGCUCUUGGAUAUCUGCACUCCUGGAAAGGAAGAUUAAGCGAAAGUCCCGGAUACAAAAGAUACAUCACGUUCUUAAAACGAUUGUUAACACCGGUUACGAAAUACGUCGGUUGGACGGACGAAGGAUCACAUUUGAAAAAACUAUUGAGAAUCGCUGUGCUCCAAUCAGCCGUGUCCGUAAAAUUGGACGAUGUCGUGAAGCCUGCGAAAACUCUCUUCGAAAAUUGGAUGUUGAGAGGCGAACGAAUAGCUCCGAAUAUUCGAGAUGUUAUAUACAUUGCAGGAAUCAAAUUUGGUGGCGAGGAAGAGUGGAACCACUGUUGGCAGAAUUAUCAAAACACUCAAGUACCUAGUGAAAAAAGAAUAAUGUUACAAGCGUUGGGGAAGACGACAGAUUCCUGGUUGCUGCAACGUUAUCUUCUGCACUCGUUGGACCGAGAUGUCGUGAGAUCGCAAGACGUUGAAACCGUCAUAGCCUCUGUUGCCAGCAACACCGAGGGCCAGUUCCUCGCUUGGCGUCAUCUGAAAGCCUACUGGCCGCAAAUACAUGCUCUGUUCGGGAACGGAUCGCUCACGAUGGGUGGACUUAUAUCCGUCGUUAUUUCUGAUUUCUUUACGGAGUACGACUAUCACGAAGUGUCGGAGUUCUUUAAGAAAGUAGACGUUGGAAGCGGACAACGAGCAUUAGAACAAAGCCUAGAAACAAUCAAGUUUAAUAUACAUUGGGUGAAAGAGAACGCUGAAAUCGUCGACCGAUGGCUUGUAAAUUAUUUGAGCGUUCACACGAGUUAACCCCUCGCUGGUCGGGAAUGGGACAAAAAUGGCGCGAAAUUAUCAUUCAGUCAUUUUGUGCAAAUGUUUAUUUUUUUUAUGGUUUUUAUCGAAGUAUGAUACCUACGAUGUUCACGCGAUGUAUCCCCUCCCCUCCCC